AUGAAUCAGGAAGAGAGGCUGACGGCCGUGGACAACAUAGUCACUCAGUUCAACACCUAUGAAGAUUUCCUCGACUCGCAGAUCACUACCAUGGACUUGUACUACCUGGAGGAUGAAAGCCUGGCCCGCCAGUUGGUGGAGCUAGGCUACCGAGGGAUUGGAGAGAUAGUGAAAAGGGAAGAUUUUGAAGCAAGGAAGGCAGCUAUUGAGACUGUAAGGCUGGCUGAAAGAACUCAGAAAAAGACACUAACAAGUGCUGGUAAAGAUCUGAAAGAUAAUUUUCUGAAGGCCCUGGCCGUGAGAGAGGAAGACAAUCGCAAUGGCGAAGUGAGUUCGGUGAUCUUUAUUCGUGACAAAAAUUCUCAUGGACAGGAGGUGUCAGGAUACAUUGACUAUGCCCACAGGCUAAAGUCUGAAGAUUUCGAAGCCUACUUUAAUGGGAAAAAAAGACUUCUUCCAAGGCCCACAGAUAUGAGCUUUUACAACUGGGACAGUCAUGUUGCUGUUUGUAAUUCAAGUCCCAAUUAUCAAGUGAUUGCUGAUAAUCCAGAAGGCUUACUUUUCAAAUACAGAAGAGACAGGAAAAUUCUCAAUGUGGACCCAAAGGCUCAACCAGGUGAGAACUCUACUAGAACCCUUAUCCAGACAGAACUCUACAUACAAGCUGUCAUCUUUGACCACAUUUCCAGAAGAAAGACUAAAAUAGCAACAUGUUAG